CGAUUCUCGCAGCGACGAGGACGCCCACCCAUCUCGCCCCAUCAUCCGAGGCCCAGCGCAGCACUAUAGCCAGUUGCCUGCCAAUUCCGCCACGGGCCGCCCGCGCAAAGCCGAAGCCGUCCGCUCCGCCAGUCGUCAGGUGAUGGCUUAUCGAGAAUCCCGAACCGAUGCCCACUUCGCCCUGGCGGGGGCCAGCAAUUCCGCCACCCAUUCUCCCCAGCUCAGCCAGCUUGUGCUCGAUACAAUCCCGACUUUCGAUAUCGACACCAUGCCGAGCGAGGGCGACGAGCCCCCCGCGAAGCGCGCACGUCCAGGCCGCGGCCGCGUCCGCCAGGCAUGCCAGGAGUGCCGCGACGCCAAGCUCCGCUGCGACCUCGGCGACCCCGGCGAGCCGAAGGAUCCGCCGUGCGAGCGCUGUGCCCGCUCAGGCCGCGAAUGCCGCUUUGUCGGCAGCCACCUGCACCACAAACCGCGCAAGAUGACGUACCGCAAACGCGAGGGAUCGUCGCACGGCCAUGACGCCCUUCCUGCGCUCUCACAGGCGCAGGCGAAGGCGCACGCCGUGCCCGCGCCGCACGCACGCCGGCAGAGCUUCCCGCUGAAGCCGGCACUGUCGACGAGCCCCGAGGUGUUCGAGCACCGUACCGGGAGCUCGGAGCCGUCGCGCCCCGCACGCAGUCCGUAUAGGUCCGGCAUAAAUCUCGAGGCGACGAUUGAGACGCCAGCGGACGCCCUGCGCAUCCUUGUCGCGGCCGCAGACGAGGAGGCGACGCAGGCGACAGCUGCGCCAGCACACCGCGACGGCAAGAUCUGGAACCAGUGGGAGCCGGUGCGGGACGGCCUUUUGACGACUGGCGAAGCGCGCACCCUCCUAGGCUUCUAUGCAGCACAUCUUGGCCCGCUCCACCCGGUCGUGCCCUCAAGCUUGUUUCUGACGAAGCAAUUCACUGAUCUGCUCGACGAGCCCAUCCUUCUCGCGACCAUCUGUCUGGCCGCCAGCCGCUUCUGCGAUCUCGGUCCGUCGUACGUCUCGACGGAGCCGCUGCGCUCACGCGUGAUCCAAGGCCGCCUCGUCGACUGGCUCCUAACCCGCCUCGGCUACCUCACCAUGGGGGACCCGACUUUCCGAACCAUCGGGACGGUCGAGGCGCUCCUCGUGCUCUCCGAGUGGCCGCCGCGCGCGCUUCUCCUCAAAGACCCAUCUCGGGCGCGUGCAUCUACCCUCUCGAGCGCGUGCAAGCUCUUCGACGAUUUGGCGUGGACGCUUACGGGCCUCGCGCUGCGCAUCGCGCAGGAAAUCUCACUACACGACGAAAAGGGGUAUAGCAAAGAAAGCGAGGAGGCGCUCGCGACGACACGGCGCAAGAUGAACGCGUGGAUCAACUGCCUCGCCGCCGACCGACACGUGUCUGUGCGCCUGGGCCGUGUUUCCCUCGUGCAAGCGAAAAUGUCCACCAACUGGUGGGAGGUAUGGGGCGACCUCGUGUUCGUGCACACGGGCUCGGAGAUCCUGCGCGACUUCAGCGACGACUCGUGGCGGGCGACCCAGGCCGUUACGGAGCUGACGCACAACCUCGGCCUCGUUCAGGAACUGAUGUACGCGUCGCCGAGCUUGACGAACGACUUGAUACGGACGCGCCAGUUCGAGCCCCUCUUGCACCGCCUCAAACCCGAGCUCGACAGUAUCCGGCAGUGGCUGAUCCCGACAGCGCGCGUGGACGGCGCCGACGUCGAUGCUGACGACGCCGAGGCGGAGGCCGCGGAGCUACGCAAUAUCCUCAUGCGCCUGGAAAUAGAUUACAUCCGCCUGUACGCCAACUCGAUCAGUAUGCGGGCGGCGCACCACCGCCUCGCCCCGCGUCUGCGCAGCACGGCCACGCACCGCCGCUUCUUCGAAAGCUCGAUCCUACGCUGGGCCGAGGCCCCUUUCCUUCUCGAAGCGGUCGAAGCCGCGAUCAGCCUCAUGCGUGCCGGCGUUGACCUGCACCAGCGCGGCGUGCUGCGCUUCUGUCCCGGCCGUACCUUUUUGCGAAUGGCGAGUUUCCGAAGUUGUUCAUGCAAGACUGACAUCAGAUGUUCGCCUCCGUCUUCCUCAUCAAAGCGAUGAGCUUCGGCGCGGUCGUGCAGGACGAGUCGGACAUGGUGAAUCUGCAGUACGACCUGAUCGAGGCGCUGCGCGACGCGGCUGUCGACGAAGAUCACAUUGCGGUGCAGCUCG